GUUGUCCCCGUCCUCAAGCAUCACAGGCUCUCCUGAACCAUGUCCUCCACAGACUCUCAGAACAACGCUUCGACGUCUCAGGACCCUGCAGACUUCAUCCGUUCUGCUACUUUUUCUCGCGAUGGCCACGCCCCCGUCGACAGUGCUGUUACUGCUAAUGACUUCCUUUUGGGCGCCUACGACCCAGCAAAAUUACAUCCAAUGGCACAACUUAGUGAUAAAUUAGACUAUCUAUUACUAGAUGAUGAUAAGACGAGCGAGUUACCAGGGGCUGGAACUGCUAUUCCUUCUCGGGGUUGGAGUGAUGACCUGUGCUAUGGAACCGGCACCAUGUACCUCAGUGGUCUGGCCCUGGGUGGUGUUUGGGGUGUGAGCGAAGGCGCUCGAAGACCACUAGCCGUGUCAAACGCGCGACUCCGGAUCAACAGCGUCCUCAACGCUGUCACGAGAAGGGGGACCUUCAUAGGUAACUCGGCUGGCGUGCUAGCCUUGGCUUAUAAUGGGAUCAACUCGACGAUAGAUUCUGUGCGAGGAAAACAUGACACAAUCGGCAGCAUGGCCGCUGGUGCGCUCACAGGCGGACUGUUCAAGUCGACAGCCGGAGUGAAGCCUGCUAUCGCAGCAGCAACGUUUAUAUCGGGACUGGCAGGAGUAUGGAGCUACGUGAAGAAGAGCGUAUGAUUGCCCUUUGUAAUAUAGAUCACUAUAAUAUUUUUUCUCGUUUACCAGGCUUCUCGACAUGAAUGUCGUCAAUAGAAGGACCCGUAUAUUGGCCGAACGGGCUAUGGCCAAAUCGGUCAC